CUCAUCCAGACCUCAAACCCACAAUUACCGUCGCCAUGUCAUGUUACUUGUCUCAGAGCUGCUUUAGGCAGCUUGCGCGGAGUCCUUUGAGACAAGGACCUCUGCCCAACUUCCUCGUCCCUGCCUUCUCUCACCCUCUCCGGACACAACCUUUCUCGACCACGUCCCCGGUACAAUCGCGAGUUGGCGGCGCCGCGAUCACGGUGCCCCCGGAGGUGUCCCUGAAGUUCAUCGACCUCCCUCAGCCCAAGACCAAGGCCAAGUCUGUUGACUUCCCUAACAUGGCCGUUGAGGUCAAAGGACCCUUGGGUGAAUUGUCGCUGAACGUCCCUUCCUACGUGAAAAUCGACUACGAUGAAGCCCUUCGCAAAGCUACUCUUGCCGUUCAAGACUCAGAGAUCACUCACCAGCGUGCUAUGUGGGGAACCAUGCGCGCCCAUCUACAGAACCACAUCCUCGGAGUUUCGGAAGGUCACAUUUGCAUUCUGAGUUUCGUUGGUGUCGGUUACAGAGCUACCAUUGAACCCACGGCGACCACCGUGGAGCCCCAAUACCCCGGUCAGCAGUUCGUGUCCCUGAAGGUCGGAUACUCGCACCCCAUUGAGCUGGGUAUUCCCAAGGGUGUCAAGGCCAGCACACCUCAGCCGACUCGUAUCCUGCUGGAGAGUGUGGACAAGCAGCUUGUGACCAAGUUCGCGGCGGAGAUCCGCGAAUGGCGCAAGCCGGAACCUUACAAGGGCAAGGGUAUCUUCGUCAACGGCGAGACGAUCAAGCUCAAGGACAAGAAGAUUCGUUGAAAUUGGCGUCUACAUUUUGGGGGAACGAAACUGUGUUUAUUAUUUCUGUACAUGUAUAUCCGAGCACGGUUCUUUUGGUUCGCAAUUGGUAUCCUUUCUUUUUUAUGUACUUUUAGAGACGCAUCGAGCGUGCACGGUCUGACAGAACUGAUC